UAGCGUUAUAUGGACAUGUAAAAUUGCUUAGAAAAUCGACUUUCGUAGCAUAUGAAUAUCAAAGUCAUUGAGGUCGUCUCGUAUAUGUAUAGAAUCAUACCUUUUCCUAUUACCCCACCACCUUACCAUCUCUAUAUUUCAUACGCGUAUAUGUACAUUGAAUACACAGACAUAAACAUAGAAAGGGUUAGUUUAGUCGUCCGGUAUUUCCAGGUACACGCGUUUACAAUACUCGAUAUACCCGUCUCCUUGACACGACCUCGUAUUCGUUCUUUCAGAGUUCUCGGUCUCACGUACGUGUUUUCGAGACGAGUGCUUUCGUAUUGUACACAAAAGAGAGAAGCAUAAAAGUGUUUCACGAGACUUGGUGUUUUCACAGUGCUCGUUACGCGUUGUUUCUCUCAUUUCUCGGUUGAAAAAUCGCAAGUGUCGUGGUGCGCGACGGUAAAACGAUCAAGUUACGGGAGAUAUGAGAAAGUGAACUUUGAAGGGGGCCAACGGUUGUGCAUGUACAUCGCAGGACGAUGGCUGAACUUGGUGUUUGCCGGUUUCUCAUGAUCAUCGGUUAUCUCACGGUCGCCUGGGUGCUCGCUCAAAAUCCCGUGGAGGAGAAAACCACCUUCGAGGCUGCGUUUCAAGGAAGAUGCGGCCACGGGUCUCCAUGCGAGCAGCUCUGCUACGAACUUCAUGACGGAAUGUACGAAUGUGAUUGCAAAGACGGCUAUAUUCUUCAUAAAAAUGGAUACAGCUGCGCUGAGCUGAAUUCGACGUCUCCGUCGACCGGCGAGCUGGGUGAAUUUGUCGAAGACGUCGAGAACGAUGAAUUAAAUAAAGAUAGAGACGAUGACGAAGAUGCAGUCGAAGACAUCCUUUACAUGCGUGGUGCAUCCUUCACAAUACAUCUGGAUCCACCCGCAGAGAAUUCAACCACGAAUUCCACGAAGAUCAACGAGGAGACCAAUGCUCCUCUUGAUCGAGUCGAACCGCGAGCCACGUCUCAGGGUCCGAAUCUGGAGCAAAAAUUACCCUCGACGAUGGAGAGUAUCGUCAGUACAGAACCAGCUUGCUCGUUAGAUUGUGGACCAGCAGGAAACUGUUACAUCGAACAGUCUCGAGGGGAUGACGUUGAUCUCCUCGACGAAGAAACAGAGAACGCUGCCGAUGAUGUCUCGAUGACGAUGGAUCUCGAAGGAAACGACGUAGUUCCCAGACGGAAGCAAGCCUCCUUCAGGCAACGGUGUCAGUGUCCCUUAGGCAGAGGUGGUGAUCGUUGUCAGCUUGAGUCAGAGGUGAGAUCGCCCCGUUUCACUGGCUCUAGUUGGCUGGCAUUUCCAGCCCUAAAGGCUGCUUACAAGCACGUCCAAUUAGAAUUGGAAUUCCGACCGGAAGCCUGGGACGGAAUUCUGCUGCUCGCAGGCGAGAGGGAUGAUCUUCAGGGUGACUUCAUGGCCUUGAUACUACAUCACGGUUUCAUCGAAUUUAGAUUCGAUUGUGGUAGUGGGGUAGGCACUGUCAGAAGUACACAAACAGUCAGACUGAACGAAUGGAAUACUCUAACUGUAUACAGGCACCGAUGGGACGCCUGGAUUCAGCUGAAUCAAGAGAAACGCGUGGAAGGAAGAUCGAAGGGCUUGUUUGCGAGGAUUACCUUCCGCGAGCCGCUGUUCGUUGGCGGGCCCGGAAACACAACUGGUCUCGACCGGCUUCCGGUGAGAACCGGAUUUAAGGGUUGCGUCCGGCAUCUGGAAGCCAAUGAACACCGCUAUCGUUUCCCUCUUGCACCGCAGGGUGACGCUGCCAAUGGUUUCGACGUUGAGGAAUGCACGGCGGAUAGAUGCAGCAAGGUGCCCUGUUCCCAUGGAGGGAAAUGCUUGACCACCGGAGGCGACACGGCUGUCUGCCUCUGUCCUCUCGGAUACACAGGCGACCUUUGCGAGACCAGGGUAGAUUUACAGGUACCGUCAUUCAACGGGUCUUCUUAUCUUCGGUAUCCUGGAUUGGCCGACACUUCGCUAUCUUGGCUGGAAUUGGCUGUCACGUUGAAACCGACCGCCUCAGAUGGUGUUAUUCUUUACAACGGCCAUCAUAGCGAUGCAACCGGUGAUUUCAUUGCGUUGUACCUUUCUUCAGGACACGUGCAGUUCACUUUUGACCUGGGAACAGGACCCGCAACUUUAAGAAGCGAGAACCCUGUCAGACUUGGUGAAUGGGUGGAAGUGCGAGUGUCGAGAACUGGACGUUUGGCCUCGCUGGAGGUGGAGGAUGAUCCUCCGCAGGAGAUCCUGGCGCCAGGCGCCUUUACGCAGCUGUCUUUGCCACUGAAUCUCUAUCUCGGUGGUGCACCAUCCACGGACAUGUACUCGCCGAAAAUGAAAACUACUGCUAGCUUCGUGGGCUGUAUCCAGACGGUUAUUUUAAAUCGCCGAGAGAUCGGAAUACUUGCGGAGGCUCUGGGUGGAGUGAACGUCGGUAAUUGCGGGCAUGCCUGCGAGGCGAGGCCUUGCGGAGACGCAGAAUGUCGUCCUCUUCGAGAUCGCUUCACCUGUCGCUGUCGACCCGGUAUGCCUCAUCCUUGUCCAGCACCGGAUGACAACACUAUCUUAGAUGAUUCUUUAACAAAACCGAACGUCGGGACGCGAUACGAAAGAUCUGUUCCAAGCUUCUCUGGCAGCGAAAGUUAUCUUCAUUAUAACGACGCUGAUACUAUGAAGAGGAUAAUCAGCUACAGGGUGGACAUCAACAUGAGAUUCCGAGCGAGUAGCAGCAGCGGACUGUUACUUUGGAGCGGACGACAAGCGGAUCCGCAAGAACAAAGGGACGAGAACGACGAUUUUCUUGCUCUUGGCUUGGACCAUGGUUAUCUAACAUUAGCUUAUAAUCUGGGCUCUGGUCAGGCUGUUCUACGGUACAAUUUAACGAGACUGGACGAUGAUCUAUGGCAUCGUGUUCGAGCCGUAAGGAACGAGCAAUGGGCGUCGUUGGUCGUCGACAGUGGUACAGGGGUGUCGGCCUCGUCGCCUGGACAGCUCAGACAGUUGAACACUGACACGGGUCUUUAUGUUGGUGGUGCACCAGACAUCGUGAGGACGACAGGAGGCAGAUAUACGAAAGGCAUCGUGGGUUGUAUCAGCGACCUGGUUUUAGACUCGGACUUCUCGGUUGCACUGUCGUCACCGGGUCAAGCUACCAACACGCACUCGUGCAUCCCUUGAAAGACAUCGGUACCGUCCAACGUUAGAUGGUUAGGUCCUCGCGGAUCAGCACUUAGGAUAUGAAAAUGCAUCACAAUGAAUUCGCUGGCUAAGCCAGACCAACGAUGUAGCCCGGCGUUCAAGGUGAACUAAACUUCGCUGAACGGACUCCUUGAACGCUGGCCACGUGUCGACGUGCAAACUCAUACACCUAUCAUACACUGUUCAUCAUUUUUGUACAGACUUCAUAGCGACGACAAAAAUUCUCCCUAAAUGGGGCAACAAACACCAGGAAAAAAAAAGAGAUAUACUAUGAUACGAACGUCGACAGUCGAAUGGUAGACACAGCUUACUGUAAAUAUUAAAUGAAAGGUAAUCGCGGUAUCUGGAGAUCUGUCAGUCGCCUCACCGUUUUCGUUCGCUGGCAACUUCCUGUCUAAAUCGAAGACUUGGUCAGAAGGCACUCGUAUUGUUAAUUCUUUAAUUCUGUUGCUUAACUCUUUCAUUAUUAUAAAGGGUGACUAUAAUCGUCCGAAGUAAAGCAUUAUUAUUUUAAAAUAGCAUAGAAAAAUACCUAUGCUAAAAAAUUUCUCAUUGCGAAUUAAAUUUAUUUUAUAGAUAUUGAGUUAGAUGAUUUAGAAAUAAAGGAGGAUAAGGAGAAAAUAGAGAAUCAUAAUUGUAAGUCUGUUUGUUUUCUGAGUUGCUGAAGAAUAGUCGUUCCUACGAGUUGGAAGGAAGUUGUUACAAAGAAGGAACGUGAGUCUAGUCAGUCACGACUGUCUCCGGCCGGAUCGAAAGAACUCGACGGAGCGCGUCUCGAAGACGGCUUUCGGCCUAAUGAGAUUAAACUACGUAGGAAGAAAGAGAAAAUGAGAGAACAGAGCACAACCCCGUCGCGUCAAUUUUUAUUAAGCCCUUCGACCGGAUGUCACCAGAGACCCUUGAUAAGUACGCUAUCAGUCCAAAGUUUAAGGAUUAGUUUUUAUAUUAUAAGAUACUGUCAAAAUGAACCUUAGAAUAUUUCAUUUAUUUUAGAAUUCUUUUUAUCUUUUAAUUCAAUGUUAGAAAUUUUGAAAAAUAUCGAAAGUAAUAAUUUUGUAAAAUCACUAAUAGUGUAAAUCAAGGGCCACUGUCGUUGGUUCAGAAACGAACCGAUAUCGAGGCACCUGAAAUACGUCCAGCCACUUAACGCGACACCUCUAGAUUAUCAUCUAAGAUUUAUCAGGAUUUUUUCUUCUGCUGUGGCCGCGUCGCGACGCGCGCGCUGCCACGCGUCGUCCGUGCACCGCUUUUGUUUCUCGUUCGAGCGAGCACCCGACGAACGGGGUAGCUCGAGAGAAAGAUGUAGUCUCGAGCAGAAUCAUUAAAUCAAUUACGAAAGGUACAAGAUGGACCAAAAGCAAUUAACAUCUUUAACGUUGCGAGUGUAGUUUGAAUUCCCACGGUAAUUCACGCUUAAACUAUCGGUUGACUAUCCUCAUUCAUUUAAAUAUAAUUAAUGUAAUAUUUUUUUAAUUAUUUGUACUAUAAGUAGUUUCUAUAGUGAUGGAUUAUUCAAUUAAAUUUAAUCUCUUUUUUUAAUUAUUUCAUUUCAUUACAAUAUUGAAUAUCAAACUAUAGUGGCCUGUUUCAAGCAUUCAUCAUUUUAUUUUAUUAAAUAUUGUCAGAGGGUUAAUUUUCAUUAACUAAUACAUGAAAUAGCCGGCCGUUUAAGCGUUAAAAUACUGUACACUUGGAGAAAGUAUUUUUCACUCAAUGAGUAUAUUUGUUUUCCAUCGUUUCCACAAAUAAAAAUCCAAAAUUUUUUUAAAACUUCGAAAGAAAGUAACUAAUAGUUAUAAGUUAUCUUAAAGAAGACUAUAGAAAAAUAAAAUUAUGUUUUAGUUUCCGCCCUCAGUAUUAUAAUGAAGUGAUUAUCACCCUAUACGUCGCGUGGCCAUCGAUGGAAAACAAUAGUAUUUUCUCUAUAUACGAUUGUUGGUUCUUUAGAAAAUUCUCGUUGCUUUUGCGUCCGCUCGAUGAACACGCGAGAUGAAAAAGAAAGAGUAACAACACUCGUAUAUUCGUCGUUACGAGAACCACUAUGCUUCGUAAUGUACUUCCGCAGCUGCCAGUGUACGCUCCUCGACGUUUCCGCUUAAGAAGCACCGAGCUGCACGUUCUAACGGUUAAAUAUCUGUAUAAAAGUAGCGACUUAAUUAACGGAGAUGUCCCUGCAUAUUUUCUUAACUCAAGGGUAGGAACUUUUCCAAACGACCCUGAACGAACGGAUCUUUAUCACCUGUUAACCCAUCUGACACGACUGUUUUAUAUGUAUAAUUCUAAUUAAUACUUCAUUAAUAUCAUUUAACAUUAUAUCUCUAAAAUUAAUAAAAUUUC